AUGGCCCAACCCUUCGCCUCGCGCUCCUACGCGGGCGGCAAACUCCCCGACCGCUCCGUCAACGCGAACGCGCUACCCUUCAGCGCCUCCUCGUUCUCGCGUCACCGCGGCCUAGGCGCGACGACCGCCACGGCUCCGGGUGAUUUUGGCGCGGAGGGAUUAAAAUCGCAAGGUGCGGCUGGUGCGGCUCCGUUACAUGCGCAGACACAUGGGCCGGGGACGGGGGUAGGGACGGGAGUUGGUGCUGGGGCAGGGCCGUCGCAGGAGACGAAUCCGUUGAGUCGGUUGACGGAGGAGCAGAGGGAGGAGAUUAAUGAGGCUUUUACGUUGUUCGACCUCGACCGCGACCGCCACCUCGACUACCACGAACUCCGCGUCGCCUUCCGCGCGCUAGGCUUCACCCUCGCAAAACAAGAACUCAUCUCCCUCCUAACAACCUACGGCGUCCCACGGCCACAAGUCCAAGCACAACAACAAUCCAACACCCAGACACAACCCCCGCAACCCUCAACAAACAAAGCAACAAACCCGCAACACCCCUCUAACCUCCUCAUGCCACUAACAGCCUUCCAAGCGGUGACUGCGUUGAAGAUACUAGAGCGCGAUCCGAGGGACGAGAUUCUCCGUGCGUUUGAGCUGUUUGAUGAGGGUGGGAAGGGGUAUAUUGAUUUGGAGGAUUUGAGGCGCGUUGCUAGGGAACUUGGGGAGACGGGGUUGGAGGAAGAUGAGUUGAGGGCUAUGAUCGAGGAGUUUGAUUUGGAGGGGGUUGGGGGUGUGACGAGGGAGGCGUUUGUUAGUAUUUGUUGGCAGUAA